GAUUCCUUUCUACAUCGGAAGUUCCAUUUCAAAUCCAACUUACACCUUCGGGUUUCGGGUUCAUAUCGCCAAUUCCAACUUUUACUCCUUCGGGUUUCAAGAGUUUAACUCCCUUUGUAGAAAAGGAAUUUUUAAAAAGGAAGUUCCAUGCUCAUGUGCAUUUCGAUACCCAUACUAAUGCAAGUCAGUUCUUCCAUGCUAUGAAAGACAAAACUGAUUUCAAAUAUGGUGUUGUAUUUAAUACUGCUAAAUAUUAUCGACAAUCAAAGAGGGCCGGCGAAAAAGUUAAAUACUUAGCGGAUCAACCAACAGUGCUCACCGGAUCAACAGUGCCCGCCGGACCAAUUGUACCAACCGGACCAAUCAUCGUUGUUGCAGAAGUCCAGAAUUAA